CUUAUAUGUAACCUUUUUUGGUUUUUUCUUGGUAUUUUUAGCAACAAUUUAGUAAUGAAAACCAGGAAACAAAUAAAAAAUAAUCAAACAUAUGAUUUUUAUUAUUAUUGUGAGGUUUGUACGCAUGCGCAGAACUGGACAUGUAUAAUACCAGGUUUUCUACAAUUUUCUACGUAUUAUACGUCAUUUAUGUAUUAUACGUAGAAAACUCCGAAAAAAACACUUUUACCCAUCCCUGUGCUCAAGUAUGUCUAUGGUAUGUCUACUGCGCACCUUUCAGGAACGUAAAUAUAUACACCUCAAGUUUGGCCUAGAAGUAUAUGCCCCCUUUUCUUUGGGCUUAAGUAUACGGCCCUGAAAAUUGGUGACGUAACGUGACGUCACCUAACACUUCUGAAUUUGGAGGUUAUGCAAAAACAUAACACUACUGAGGACAUAACAGUUUGGAAUCUAACAGUAUGGGGACCUGACUGUAAUUGUAAUUAAAAAUUUUACUGAAGAAAAUUGACAAAAAUCGAAAAAGGCCAUCCAUAUCCUCACUCUUUGUCCAACUAUUGUUUGAGUAUCCACGAUCAACGACAAUAUUAAUUUGUAUUUUUGGUUCGACAACAGAGUCGAUAUUCGACGGACUGAAAACAAAAGUAUGGAAACAAUAUUUCAAACUGAAGGUGCAAAUUUCAACUAUCCUGAAGCACGUCGCGAUGAUGUAGUUGAUAAUUACCAUGGAACCAACAUUUCCGAUCCAUAUCGUUGGCUUGAAGACUCAAAUUCAGAGGAAGCGAUAAAUUUCAUGAAGGCUCAAAAUUCACUAACAGAUUCCUAUUUGAAUUCAUCGUCCAGUGUAAAAGAAUCUAUAGAAAAUCGUCUGAAGGAAUUGAGAGAAAAGAGAGAAUAUUAUGCUCUUUACAAUAUCGUUCCCGAAAGACAUGGAGACAAAUAUUAUUUUUUUAAAAACGAAGUUUUGUAUGUUCAGGAAACUUUGGAAAGCAAUGAACCAAAAGUAUUACUUGAUGCUAAAACUUUCUCAACAGACAAUGAAACACGUCUUUAUUCUUACAUAAGAUUCAGUGAAGAUGGUAGUCUACUUGCUUGCGAACUCCACGAAAAGAGAUCCAAUGAGAGUAGAACUAGGAUUCAUUUCUUGAAUGCAAUAACAGGAGAAAAGUUAUCUGAUAUUUUGGAAGAAGUAGAAUAUUAUAAUAUAGUUUGGCAUAAUAAUUUAGGAAUUUUUUACAAUCGUUUUCCACAAGAGAAUUCAAUUGAGAAGAAUAGGAAUAUUUAUUAUCAUAGAAUCGGAACGUCUCAAUCUGAAGACAUUGUUGUUAUCGAAUCUCCUGAAAAUCCGUCUCAAUAUAUACGUACCGAAGUUUCCGACUGUGGUCAGUGGUUGUUUGUUGAGGCGACGAAUUACACUGGGAAGGAUUUGCUUUAUUUUACAAAACUGACUGAGAAAAUAAAUGGAAAAUUUAAUUUGACACAAAUUAUCGAUAUAACAUUGGAUAUAGACAACAUGUAUAUUGGAAAUGACGGUACAAAGGCAAUUUUUCUAACAAAUUUGAAUGCUCCGAAAAGGAAAAUUAUAGCAAUCGAUUUAUUGAAUUACAAAAAAGCGAAUUGGACAACUUUAGUGCCCGAAGAACCGGACAAAUUCAUCAGAGAUGUGACAAUUGUAGAUAAUGAUAAAUUCAUUAUUGAUUAUGUUUGUGAUAAAACUUACGCACUUUGUGAUACAGAUUACAUUUUACAAUUGCACAGUUUGAAAAGUGGAAAACUAAUAAAAAAACUUGAUGUCGGAAUUGGAAAAAUUUCUGAAAGGAUCCGUGGAAAUAGAAAACAUUAUGAGUGCACCUUUGAUUUCUCGUCAUUCUUAAUUCCGACAAUAACCUACAGAGUAAAUGUAAAAUCAUUUGAUAAACUGGAAAUUUACCAUGAAUUAAAAGUACAAAAUUUCGAUUCAAGUCUCUAUGAAGUAUUUCGUGUCUUCUAUCCCAGUAAGGAUGGUACAAAAAUUCCAAUGACAAUCGUAAUGAGAAAGGGUGCGAAACUUGAUGGUUCAAUGCCAGCACUUCUUUCCGUAAAAGGAGGCUUGGGCAUCUUAAACUCACCAAUCUUUCGAGACGAAAAUGUAAUUUUUACUCAGAAUUUUAAUGGAAUUUUGGCACAAGCACAUAUUCGGGGAAGUGAUGAAUCUAGUGAUGAAUGGCGCAAGGAUGGAAUUUUACAGAAUAGACAAAAUGGAAUCGAUGAUUUUCAAUCCGCAGCUGAAUAUCUCAUUAAAAAUGGAUACACUUCGAGAGGAAAGUUGAUAAUUAAAGGAGAUGUUGAUGGAGCUUCUGUAGUUGGCGCUUGCAUUAAUCAAAAACCGGAUUUAUUUGGAGCUGCUGUUAUUGUUAAUGGAAUCUAUGACAUUUUACGUUUUCAUAAAUUCACAUCUGAUGAUUAUUUAAUAUCGGAAUUCUGUAAUUCUGACGAUCGACAAAAUUUUGAGAAUAUAAUUAAAUUUUCACCGCUUCAUAAUGUCAAAGUACCGACAAAUAAUGAACAGUAUCCGGCAACAUUAAUUUUAGCAAACAAUUUGGAUGAAUAUUUUAAGCCAAUAUUGCAUUCGGUGAAAUUCAUUGCAACUUUACAAUACGAAAUCGGAAAAUUGAAGCAACAAAAGAAUCCAUUAAUGUUUCGCAAUGAUUCCAAGUAUAAUUUUAAGGAAGGGAUCUUUGAAACAGCAAGUGCUUUAUUAACAUUUAUUGUUAAAUCAUUAAAUUUAGAAAUUAACUUUUAAAAUCGUAAAAUCAGAAAAAACGCAUUGUUUUCUUAAAGAAGUUCUAUGAAAUAUAAUUUAAAAAUUACAGAUUAAAAAUUCUAAAAAUUGUUUUAUUAAGUACGUAAUUAAAUAUUGUUGUUUAUUAUUUUCAAAAAUUUUGAUAACAUUUUUC